GCAGGGCACAAUUUUGUGUACAAAGUAAACAAAAUUCUCAACGCACCCUUCUCUCUCUCUCUCUCUCUCUUUCUGGGGUUUCGGUUCUGCUCUCUCUUCUCUCUCUCGCUCGCUCUGUGUUCGUUCGUACUUCGAAUGUGUAUGCAUCUCUCCCCUUUCGUUCUCAUCUCUCAGACAGUGGUUCGGAGAAGUUGAGGUGAGAAGAUGACAACCCUAAGAUCAAGCUGGCCCUCCAGGCUGCGCCAACUUCUGUCCAGUGAGGGUGCCAUUGGUCCCUCCGUCAAGCUGGACUCUGAGCCUCCUCUGAAGAUCAAAACCUUCAUUGAGAAGGUCAUCCAGUGUCCAUUACAAGAUAUAGCUAUACCACUCUCUGGCUUUCGGUGGGAGUACAAUAAGGGGAAUUUUCAUCACUGGAGACCAUUGUUACUGCAUUUUGAUACAUACUUCAAGGCUUAUUUGUCGUGUAGAAAUGACCUGACAUUGUCAGAUAACCUAGAAGAUGACAGCCCAUUACCAAAACAUGCAAUUCUGCAAAUAUUACGGGUGAUGCAAAUAGUUUUAGAGAACUGUCAGAACAAGAGUUCCUUUGAUGGUUUAGAGCAUUUCAAGCUUUUGCUAGCAUCAGCAGAUCCUGAGAUUCUUAUUGCUACAUUAGAAACUCUUUCUGCGCUUGUAAAAAUCCGUCCCUCUAAGCUUCAUGGAAGUGUAAAGAUGGUUAGCUGUGGUUCGGUCAACAGCCAUCUCUUAUCCCUAGCACAAGGAUGGGGAAGCAAGGAGGAGGGCCUGGGAUUGUACUCUUGUAUAAUGGCAAAUGAGAAAGCCCAAAAUGAAGCACUAUGCUUGUUUCCUUCUGAUGUAGAGAUUGGUAGUGACCAAUCCAAUUGUCGAAUUGGUACUACCCUUUAUUUUGAAUUGCAUGGACCCAGUCCCCAAAGCAAAGAGGACAGUGCCGACACAGUUUCCCCUAACUUGAGAGUUAUAAAUAUGCCAGAUUUGCAUCUGUGCAAAGAAGAUGAUUUGUCGUUGAUGAAGCAGUGCAUUGAACAAUAUGACAUUCCUUCAGAACUCAGAUUUUCGUUGCUUACUAGAAUCAGAUAUGCUCGCGCAUUUCGGUCUACUAGAAUAUGCAGACUUUACAGCAGGAUUUGUCUACUUUCUUUCAUUGUGCUGGUCCAGUCUGGUGAUGCACAUGAUGAACUUGUUUCCUUUUUUGCUAAUGAACCAGAAUAUACAAAUGAGUUAAUUAGAGUGGUACGUUCUGAAAAAACUAUAUCUGGAUCUAUCAGAACACUCGCAAUGCUUGCAUUAGGAGCCCAGUUAGCAGCAUAUACAUCAUCACAUGAACGAGCACGGAUACUCAGUGGAUCUAGUAUAAGUUUUGCUGGUGGAAACCGCAUGAUACUCCUGAAUGUUCUCCAGAGGGCUAUUUUGUCAUUAAAGAGUUCUAUCGAUCCAUCGUCCCUAGCCUUUGUAGAGGCACUUCUUCAGUUCUAUUUGCUCCAUGUGGUUUCAACCUCAACUUCUGGGAGUAAUAUUAGAGGUUCUGGCAUGGUACCUACAUUCUUGCCACUCUUGGAGGAUUCUGAUCCUGCACAUAUUCAUCUAGUCUGCUUAGCUGUUAAAACCCUUCAGAAGCUUAUGGAUUAUAGUAGCUCGGCUGUAUCUUUGUUUAAGGAAUUGGGGGGCAUUGAAAUUUUGGCUCAGCGAUUACAGAAAGAGGUACAGAGGGUCAUCGGUUUGGUUGUAGAAAAUGAUAACAUGUUUCUCCCUGGUGAAAACUCAAGACAUAGUACUGAUCAAUUGCACUCCCAGAAGAGGCUCAUAAAGGUCUCCCUCAAGGCACUUGGUUCUGCAACAUAUGCGCCAGCAAACUCUAACAGAUCACAACAUUCUCAUGACAAUUCCUUACCUGCUACAUUAUGCUUGAUAUUUCAGAAUGUAGAUAAGUUUGGAGGUCACAUUUAUUACUCUGCUGUUACUGUUAUGAGUGAGAUGAUCCACAAAGAUCCUACAUGUUUUUCUGCUCUGCAUGAAAUGGGUCUUCCGGAUGCUUUUUUAAGAUCAGUUGGAUCUGAAAUACUUCCUUCAUCGAAGGCUUUGACAUGCAUUCCAAAUGGUAUUGGGGCUGUUUGUCUCAAUGCCAAAGGGUUAGAGGCUGUUCGAGAAUCUUCAUCACUGCGGUUCCUUGUUGACAUUUUCACCAGCAAAAAGUAUGUCUUAGCGAUGAAUGAUGCUAUUGUACCUUUGGCAAAUGCUGUGGAGGAACUUCUACGUCAUGUAACUUCUUUGAGAAGCACUGGUGUUGAUAUUAUCAUGGAAAUCAUCCAUAAGAUUGCAUCCAUUGGGGAUGGAAAUGAUACCGGAUCCUCAGGAAAAGCCGAUGAGGGUGCUGCAAUGGAAACAGAUUCUGAAGACAAAGAAAAUGAAGGACAUUGUUGUCUUGUAGGCACUUCAAAUUCAGCUGCAGAAGGUGUAAGUGAUGAGCAGUUUAUUCAGCUUUGCGUCUUUCAUUUGAUGGUAUUGGUUCAUAGGACUAUGGAAAAUUCUGAAACAUGCCGGUUGUUUGUGGAAAAAUCUGGAAUAGAAGCUUUAUUGAGGUUGUUAUUACGACCCACUAUUGCACAAUCCUCAGAUGGCAUGUCUAUUGCUUUACAUAGCACCAUGGUAUUCAAGGGAUUUUCUCAACAUCACUCUGCUCCUCUGGCACAUGCCUUCUGCUCCUCUCUUAGAGAGCACUUGAAGAAAGCAUUAGCUGGGUUUAAAGCAGCUUCAGAACCUUUGUUGUUGGAUCCAAGGAUGCCAACUGAUGGUGGAAUCUUUUCUUCGCUUUUCCUUGUUGAGUUCCUUCUCUUUCUUGCUGCAUCGAAAGACAACCGUUGGGUGAGUGCAUUGCUUACGGAAUUUGGAAGUGGAAGUAAGGAUGUUCUUAAAGACAUUGGACAUGUCCAUCGUGAAGUUAUGUGGCAAAUUGCUCUACUGGAAAAUAAAAAACCUGGUGUUGAGGAAGAUGGUGCUUGUUCUUCUGAUUCACAACAGGCAGAACAGGAUGCAAGUGAUACUGAGGAGCAAAGAUUCAAUUCUUUCAGGCAGUUUCUUGAUCCAUUAUUGAGGAGGAGGACAUCAGGAUGGAGCAUUGAAUCUCAGUUUUUUGACCUUAUAAACCUGUACCGAGAUCUAGGCCGUUCUACUGGUUCUCAACAUAGAUCAAAUUUUGCUGGGCCUUCAAACAUGCGGUCAAGUUCCACUAAUCUGUUGCCUCAUUCUGGGUCUGAUGAUAAUUCUGGGACUGCUAAUGAGAAGGAAUCAGACAAGAAGAGGCCCUAUUAUACCUCUUGUUGUGACAUGGUCAGAUCACUUUCAUUUCACAUUACCCAUUUGUUCCAAGAAUUAGGAAAAGCAAUGUUGCUACCUUCACGUCGACGUGAUGACAUUGUGAAUGUAAGCCCUGCUUCAAAAUCAGUGGCUUCUACUUUCGCAUCCAUUGCUCUAGAUCACAUGAAUUUUGGGGGCCAUGUAAAUCUUGCAGUAACAGAAGAAUCCAUAUCAACAAAGUGUCGUUAUUUUGGUAAAGUUAUUGAUUUUAUGGAUAGUAUUCUAAUGGAUCGGCCAGAUUCUUGCAAUCCUGUUUUGCUGAAUUGCUUCUAUGGAUGUGGGGUUAUUCAAUCUGUAAUGACCACUUUUGAAGCUACCAGUCAGCUUCUCUUUACAGUAAAUCGGACCCCUGCCUCACCUAUGGACACUGAUGAUGCAGAUGCAAAGCAAGAUGACAAGGAAGAUAUAGAUAAUUCAUGGAUUCAUGGUUCUAUGGCUAGUUAUGGGAAACUGAUGGACCAUCUAGUGACCUCCUCUUUUAUAUUAUCAUCAUUCACAAAGCACUUGCUUUCACAGCCCCUUACAAAUGGUGAUGUGCCUUUCCCAAGGGAUGCUGAGGCCUUUGUGAAGGUCCUUCACUCCACAGUGUUGAAGACAGUGCUUCCUGUUUGGACCCAUCCCCAAUUUGUUGACUGCGGUUAUGAAUUUAUUUCUGCAGUUAUUUCUAUCAUUAGGCAUGUCUAUUCAGGGGUUGAAGUUAAAAAUGUAAAUGUAAAUGGCAGUGGUGUUGCUCGUUUUACUGGGCCGCCUCCAAAUGAAACAACUAUUUCAACAAUUGUAGAGAUGGGUUUUUCCAGGCCUAGAGCAGAGGAAGCUUUGAGGCAAGUUGGCUCAAAUAGUGUAGAGUUGGCAAUGGAGUGGUUGUUCUCACAUCCAGAGGAGGCACCAGAAGAUGAUGAACUUGCCCGUGCACUUGCAAUGUCCCUUGGGAAUGCUGAAUCAGACAAGAAGGAUGCAGUUCCAAAUGACAAUGCUCAGCAGCUUGAAGAAGAGAAGGUCCAACUUCCUCCAGUUGAUGAGUUGUUAUCUACUUGCACAAAACUUCUGAUGAAAGAACCUCUUGCUUUUGCUGUCCGUGACUUGCUUGUGAUGAUAUGCUCUCGGAAUGAUGGUCAACAUAGGUCUCAUGUUGUCACAUUUAUUGUUGACCGAAUCAAAGAAUGUGGUUUGGUUUCCAGCAAUGGAAACUACAAUAUGCUGGCUGCUCUAUUUCACAUUCUUGCUUUAAUUCUUAGUGAGGACACUGCAGCACGAGAAGCUGCGUCCAAUAGUGGUUUGAUCAAAAUUGCCUCUGAUCUACUAUACCAGUGGGAUUCAAGUCUUGACUGCAGGGAGAUACAUCCGGUGCCAAAAUGGGUCACACCUGCUUUUCUGGCAUUAGACAGGUUGUUGCAAGUUGAUCAAAAAUUGAAUUCUGAAAUUGUGGAGCAGUUAAAGAAGGAAGCUGUAAAUGACCAGCGUAAAUCAAUUACUAUUGAUGAAGAUAGACAAAACAAGUUACAGUCUGCGUUAGGACUCUCUAUGAAGUAUGCAGAUAUACAUGAACAGAAGAGACUUGUAGAGGUUGCUUGUCGCUGUAUGAAAAGCCAACUUUCCUCAGACACAAUGCACGCUGUUCUUCUUCUAUGUUCCAACCUUACUCGGAAUCAUUCUGUUGCUCUUACCUUUUUGGAUGCUGGUGGUUUGAGUCUACUUCUGUCUUUGCCAACUAGUAGCCUCUUCCCUGGGUUUGACAAUGUUGCUGCUAGUAUUGUCCGUCAUGUUCUUGAAGAUCCGCAAACGCUUCAGCAGGCUAUGGAAUCUGAGAUAAAACAUAAUCUUGUACUUGCAUCUAACCGGCAUCCAAAUGGCAGGGUCAAUCCUCGCAAUUUCCUUUUAAAUUUAGCUUCUGUAAUUUCUCGGGAUCCGGCUAUAUUUAUGCAAGCGGCCCAAUCUGUGUGCCAAGUUGAGAUGGUUGGUGAAAGACCUUACAUUGUCUUGCUGAAAGAUAAAGACAAAGUGAAAGAGAAAGAAAAAGAGAAGGAUAAAUCACAAGAUGGGAAGGUUGGUUUUGGAAAUUCAAAUACAGCAGCUUCUGGCAAUGUCCAUGGCAAAAUUCAUGAUUCAAAUAUGAAGAAUGCCAAAAGUCAUAGAAAACCUACUCAAAGUUUUAUUAAUGUGAUUGAACUUCUUCUUGAAUCUAUAUGCACUUUUAUUCCCCACUUGAAGGAUGAUAUUGCCUCGAAUGUUCUUCCUGGCACCCUGAUGUCAAGUGAUAUGGACAUUGAUGUCUCUGUGAUGAAGGGAAAAGGAAAAGCAGUUGCCACUGUAUCUGAGGGCAAUGAGAUCAGUAGUCAGGAUGUUUCUGCAUCACUUGCAAAGAUUGUUUUUAUUUUGAAGCUUCUGACAGAGAUCUUAUUGAUGUAUUCAUCUUCUGUUCAUGUUCUACUUCGUCGAGAUGCUGAAGUGAGCAGCAUGAGGGACACCUAUCAAAAGAGUCCUGCUGGUAUAAGCAUGGGUGGGAUAUUCUACCACAUUCUUCAUAAAUUUCUUCCAUAUUCCCGAAUCUCCAAAAAGGACAAGAAAGUUGAUGGUGAUUGGCGACAGAAGUUAGCAACCAGGGCUAACCAGUUUAUUGUAGCUGCUUGUGUUCGUUCUACAGAGGCAAGGAAGAGGGUUUUUGGUGAGAUUGGUUAUAUAAUCAAUGAGUUUGUUGAUACAUGUCAUGGCGUUAAGCCUCCAGGCAAUGAAAUUCUAGUUUUUGUUGAUCUACUUAAUGAUGUUUUGGCUGCCCGUACACCUGCUGGUUCAUCCAUCUCAGCUGAGGCCUCUGCCACUUUUAUUGAUGCUGGUUUGGUUAAAUCAUUCACUCGAACUCUCGAAGUUUUGGACCUGGACCAUGCUGAUUCAUCUAAAGUUGCAACUGGUAUUAUUAAAGCUCUUGAGUUGGUUAGCAAGGAGCAUGUCCAUUCAGUUGAUUCUAAUGCAGGAAAGGGUGAUACUUCAACAAAACCUUCCAAUCCGAGUCAACCUGGAAGAAUAGAUAAUAUUGGUGAGAUGUCUCAGUCCAUGGAAACAGCAUCUCAAGCCAAUCAUGAUUCCAUUCAAGUUGACCAAGUUCGGUCUUAUGCAGUUCAAUCCUAUGGUGGGUCUGAAGCUGUUACUGAUGAUAUGGAACAUGAUCAAGAUCUUGAUGUGAGCUUUGCUCGUGUUGCUGAGGACGAUUACAUGCAUGAAAAUUCCGAGGAUGCGAGAGAUCUUGAAAAUGAAAUGGAAAAUGGUGGUCUACAAUUUGAAAUCCAACCUCAAGGCCAAGAAAAUCUUGAUGAAGAUGACGAUGAGGAUGAUGAUAUGUCUGGAGAUGAAGGUGAAGAUGUGGAAGAUGAGGAUGAUGAUGAGGAACAUAAUGAUUUGGAAGAUGAAGUCCAUCACUUGCCACAUCCUGACACAGAUCAUGAUGAUCAUGAGAUUGAUGAUGAUGAUUUUGAUGAUGAAGUAAUGGAAGAAGAGGAUGAGGAAGAUGAGGAAGAUGAGGAUGGUGUUAUAUUGAGGCUUGAGGAGGGUAUUAAUGGAAUUAAUGUUUUUGACCAUAUUGAGGUGCUUGGAAGAGAUAAUAGUUUUACAAAUGAUGCUUUUCAUGUAAUGCCAGUUGAAGUUUUUGGAUCCAGACGUCCAGGGCGGACAACAUCUAUUUACAGUCUUUUAGGCAGGACUGGUGAUUCUACUAUACCUUCCCGCCAUCCACUCUUAGUUGAACCUUCUUCCUCAUCACACGCAUCCACAGGGCAAUCAGAUAGUUUAUUGGAGAACAACUCAAUGGGUUUGGAUAAUAUAUUUCGAUCACUGAGGAGUGGACGCCAUGGACAUCGUUUGAACUUGUGGACUGAUAAUGUACAGCAGAGUGGUGGAUCAAACACUGGUGCUGUACCACAGGGGCUUGAGGAGUUGCUUAUCUCUCAAUUAAGCCAACGGACCCCUGAAAAGUCAUCCAAUCAGCAUGUAGCAGAAGCAGGUUCUCAUGGUAAAGUUGAAACCAGUCAGGCACAAGAUUCAGGAGCUGCAGGGCCGGAAAUGCCUGUUGAAAGUAAUGCUAUUCAGCAAGUUGGUACAACGACUCCUCCUGUAAUUGGUAACAGUAGCAAUGCUGAUAUUAGGCCUUCAGGGCCUGGAUCUAUGCAAACAAAUGUGUCAAGCCCUCACUCACAGGCAGUUGAGAUGCAGUUUGAGCAUAAUGAUGGAUCUGUGAGGGAUGUUGAAGCUGUAAGCCAAGAGAGUAGUGGUAGUGGAGCAACUUUUGGCGAAAGCCUGCGAAGUCUAGAUGUUGAAAUAGGAAGUGCUGAUGGCCAUGAUGAUGGUGUAGAAAGGCAAAUUCCUGUAGAUAGGAUAGCAGGUGAUUCACAGGGUGCACGCACAAGAAGAGCAAAUGUGCCUUCGAGUCAGGUUUCUCCUGUAGUUGGAAGAGAUCCAUCCCUUCAUAGUGUUACUGAAGUUUCUGAAAAUUCAAGCCUCGAUGCAGAUCAAGAUGGUCCGGCAACCGAGCAGCAGGUGAACAGUGAUGCUGGGUCAGGAGCAAUUGAUCCUGCUUUUCUGGAUGCUCUUCCUGAGGAGCUGCGUGCUGAAGUCCUAUCUUCUCAGCAGGGUCAGGCGACUCAGCCAUCAAAUGUUGAGUCUCAAAACACAGGGGAUAUUGAUCCAGAGUUCCUUGCAGCUCUUCCUGCAGAUAUUCGAGCUGAAGUUCUUGCUCAACAGCAAGUGCAGAGGGUGCAUCAGUCCCAGGAGUUGGAAGGUCAACCUGUAGAAAUGGAUACAGUCUCAAUAAUUGCAACAUUUCCUUCAGAUUUACGAGAAGAGGUUCUGUUAACUUCACCUGAUAAUAUCAUCGCCAAUCUUACACCGGCCCUUGUUGCUGAGGCAAAUAUGCUGCGGGAGAGGUUUGCACACCGUUACAGUCGCACCCUAUUUGGUAUGUAUCCUAGAAGUCGAAGAGGUGACGCUUCAAGACGUGGUGAAGGUAUUGGUUCCAGCCUGGAUGGAGCAGGGGGGAUUAUUUCUUCGCGCCGGUCCAGUGGAGCCAAGGUUGUUGAAGCUGAUGGAAUACCUCUAGUUAACACGGAAGCUUUGCAUGCCAUGAUUCGAAUAUUUCGUAUAGUUCAGCCACUCUAUAAAGGUCAACUGCAGAGGCUUCUUUUAAAUCUUUGUGCCCAUAGCGAAACAAGAACCUCCCUGGUGAAAAUUCUGAUGGAUUUGCUAGUACUUGAUGUAAGAAGGCCUGCCAGUUCUUUUGGCACAGUCGAGCCACCAUAUAGAUUAUAUGGUUGUCAGAGCAAUGUGAUGUAUUCACGUCCUCAGUCUUUUGAUGGAGUUCCCCCAUUGCUGUCUCGACGAAUACUUGAAACUCUCACUUAUCUCGCUCGCAAUCACCUAUAUGUGGCCAAAAUCUUGCUUCAGUUCAGGAUUCCUCAUCCUGAGAUAAGAAAACUGGAUAAUGUUGAUAAUGCACGUAACAAAGCAGUGAUGGUUGUUGAAGAUGAAGUUAAUAUAGGUGAAAGUAAUGAAGGGUACAUCUCUAUUGCAAUGCUUUUGGGUCUCUUGAACCAACCACUUUAUUUGAGGAGCAUAGCCCAUCUUGAGCAGCUGCUAAAUUUACUUGAUGUUAUCAUUGAUAGUGCUGGAACCAAGUCUAAUUCAUCUGACAAAUCCCUGGUUUCUACUUCUAAGCCUUCAUCUGGUCCUCAAAUUUCUGCUGUGGAGGUAGAUGUGAAUACAGGUUCUGGUAAUUUGUCUUCUGGGGCUGGUGCAUCUACUAAAAUUGAUGAUUCCUCCAAACCCACAACCUCUGGUAAUAAUAUGGAAUGUGAGUCUCAGAGAGUGUUGAGUAAUUUACCCCAAGCUGAGCUUCGGCUCCUGUGCUCAUUGCUUGCACAAGAAGGGUUGUCCGACAAUGCUUAUACUCUUGUUGCGGAGGUAAUGAAGAAGUUGGUGGCCUUUGCUCCAACCCAUUGUCAGCUUUUUGUCACUGAGCUGGCUGAAGCUGUUCAAAACUUGACGUCAUCUGCAAUGAAUGAGUUACGUGUUUUCGGUGAAGCAAUGAAAGCUCUUCUUAGUACUACAUCUACUGAUGGAGCUGCACUUUUGAGAGUUUUGCAAGCUUUGAGCAACUUCGUCACUUCACUGACUGAGAAAGGAAGUGAUAGAGUUACUCCGGCAGCUCUUUCUAAGGUUUGGGAAAUCAAUUCAGCAUUAGAGCCCUUGUGGCAUGAACUUAGCUGUUGCAUAAGCAAGAUAGAGUCCUACUCAGAGUACGAGUCAGAAUUUUUCACCCCAUCUAGAGCAUCUGUAUCUAAGCCGUCUGGUGUCAUGCCUCCACUCCCAGCAGGCUCUCAAAAUCUCUUGCCAUACAUUGAAUCCUUCUUUGUGGUUUGUGAGAAACUGCAUCCUGCACAGCCAGGUGCUAAUCAUGACUCAAGUAUUCCUGUUCUUUCUGAUGUUGAGGAUGCCAGCACAUCUGCAACUCAACAGAAAGUAUCUGGACCUGCUGUGAAAGUAGAUGAGAAACAUGUUGCUUUUGUCAGAUUCUCAGAGAAGCAUAGGAAGCUACUAAAUGCUUUUAUAAGGCAAAAUCCUGGUUUGCUUGAGAAAUCUCUCUCACUCAUGCUUAAAGUUCCAAGAUUUAUUGAUUUUGACAACAAGCGUGCCCACUUCCGAUCAAAAAUUAAGCAUCAGCAUGACCACCACCAUACCGCCUUGAGAAUAUCGGUAAGAAGGGCAUAUGUUCUGGAAGAUUCUUAUAACCAGCUUCGCAUGAGACCAGCUCAAGAUUUGAAGGGAAGGUUGACUGUUCACUUUCAAGGGGAGGAAGGUAUUGAUGCAGGUGGGCUGACAAGGGAGUGGUAUCAAUUACUGUCCAGAGUUAUUUUUGACAAAGGAGCACUGCUUUUUACAACAGUAGGCAAUGAGUCAACGUUUCAGCCAAACCCUAACUCUGUUUACCAAACAGAACAUCUAUCAUAUUUUAAAUUUGUUGGUAGAGUGGUUGGUAAAGCACUAUUUGAUGGUCAACACUUGGAUGUACAUUUUACUCGUUCAUUCUACAAGCAUAUACUUGGUGUCAAAGUUACAUAUCUUGAUAUUGAAGCCAUUGAUCCUGACUAUUUUAAAAAUUUGAAAUGGAUGCUUGAGAAUGAUAUCAGUGAUGUUCUAGAUCUUACUUUUAGCAUUGAUGCAGAUGAGGAAAAAUUGAUCUUAUAUGAACGAACAGAAGUGACUGAUUAUGAGUUGAUUCCUGGUGGACGGAAUAUCAAAGUUACUGAGGAGAACAAGCAUCAAUAUGUUGAUUUGGUUGCUGAGCAUCGGUUGACAACUGCUAUUCGACCCCAAAUAAAUGCUUUUUUGGAAGGGUUCGGUGAAUUAAUUUCGAGGGAGUUGAUAUCCAUAUUCAAUGACAAAGAGCUGGAAUUAUUGAUCAGUGGACUUCCUGACAUAGAUUUGGAUGACUUGAGAGCAAAUACAGAUUAUUCUGGAUACAGUGCUGCAUCACCAGUUAUCCAAUGGUUUUGGGAGGUGAUUCAAGGUUUCAGCAAAGAAGACAAGGCUCGGCUAUUGCAAUUUGUGACAGGCACAUCCAAGGUGCCUUUGGAAGGUUUUAGUGCUCUUCAAGGAAUUUCAGGCUCCCAGAAGUUUCAGAUACACAAAGCAUAUGGAAGUCCUGAUCACUUGCCUUCUGCUCAUACUUGUUUCAAUCAAUUGGAUUUGCCAGAGUACCCAUCUAAACAACAUUUGGAAGAAAGGUUACUGCUGGCGAUCCACGAAGCAAAUGAGGGAUUUGGAUUUGGUUGAUAAAUUUCAGAGGGUGAAAAUGUAUUAUUCCAUUUUAGGUUAGGAGCUAUUUCUUUUUUAAAUAGAAUUGAGUGGUACAGGGGGUUUAAGUUUUUCAAGUUUACAUCAUGUUAAUAUAUUGUACAGUCGUAUAUUUUUAAUGGGAAAUGCCUUUGGCAGUUGUUUAA